GUGCUUGAGGAUGUUCAUUAUCCAUAUCCUAUACUCAACACACACUCUUUGCCUGUGUUGGGUCCUCUCUGAAACUCUUUAGAAAUACAAGCAACUUUCCUUUGAAAGGUAAAAUUAGGCUCAGAGUAUGUCCCUUUCCCAGAAGGCCCUGUCACUGUGUUGUAGCAGCUUUCACAGUUCACCGAAACUAUCCUUAUCCACUCCAUGCUCCACCACCAGUUACCUUAUGCAAAAGGCUUCAUUAAGAACAAUCCAUAUCCAAAUACUCAACCCUCCAUUUCUCAUAAGUGGUAAACAGCGAAGGAAGGUGAAGCCUCUAUCAGCAUCUCUUUCGGUUCCACAGCCACUAGACCUCACAGAAGACAACGUGAAACAGGCUUUGGUCGAUGCUCGAGCUGAGCUUGGUCAGAUCUUUGACACUUCUGUUGGCAUGACAGGUGUAGUUGAAUUGGUGGAGUUAGAUGGACCUUACGUGACUAUUAGUCUCAAGGGUAGGUUUUGGCACAAGCGUUCAACUGUCCUAGCCAGACUCGCCAAUUAUCUUAAACAGAGAAUUCCGGAGAUUUUAGAGGUUGAAAUAGAAAAUGAGAAACAAUUGGAUGAUAGUCCUGCCAAUUUCUAAGAGGGACUAUGAUGGGUAAAUCCUUCUUAACUUGAGAAGCUUGGAUAUGAGAAUGCUCACUAUUGACUUUGAGAGUUAUGAUGCAUGGAUUCUUAUGUUGUUUUCCACUGAUUCUUCGAGCUUCUUGGUACUAUAAAUGGUAGAGAACAUUCUGAGUUUCUGUAUUAUUUUGCUUCAUUGAAGCACACAUGUUGAUAUGUAAAUGCUCAGAAUACUUAAGAUCUUCAUAGUGUUUGUUAUCAGUGAAACAUCACUUGAGAGAUUUCUCAUAGCAACUUUAAUAUGAUAUUAUAAGCACAUAUUGUGCCUUUUAUCUGUGAACAUUUAAGUAAUUAGAUCAUAGUAUUGUUAUA